AAUUCAUAAAAUAUCCGCUAACAAUUCCAAAUUUCAUUUUUCAACAACAGAUUGAUUCUUUCUUGUAAUUACGAAAAACUUUGUUAGUGGCGGCUUUCUGAUAUGUCGAGUGAAAGAGAGGCGAUUCCUAAAGGAGGAAAGAAUGAUUCAAAGGACACUAAUGGAGAAAAGAAUGGUAAUUCAGCAGAAACACUAGCUACGUCUGGAAAUGAUAAAGAAAAGUUAUCGCUAGGAGAAAUUGCCGCAAUUGACGGAGAGAUAGCUAAGGCUAAAACAGAUCAGCUUCAGUUACUUCAUAAUCUCUUUUACGAUAAAAAUGGUACUGGUCCACAAAUCAAACGCAACAUUCGCAAAUUUGCCGGAUUUGAAGAGAGCGAUAAACAGAAAAAACUUGAUCAAUUAUUGACAUUCGACAUACAAGCUAUCAAACAAACAUCUACCAUACUUGCAAUUCAGGAUAUUAAGAAAGAUGAUACAAAAGAAAUCAUUUCAAGCGCAAUAAUCGACUUUCUUAUGGCGCCAACUGGUAAAACUUUCGAAGAAUUCCAAAAAGAUGAACCAGAAGACGAAGAAAAAGAAGAAGAAGGGGAGGCGGAAGACGAAGAAGAUGAUGAAGAAGAGGAAGAGCAAGAAAUUAAGUCAAAGCCGAAGAAAGGACGUGGAAGUUCGAAUUCAGCGGGUCGUCCAAAACGAGCAACAGCAAGCAGAGUUUGGACAAAUGAUUAUGGAAGUAGUGAAGACGAAGAAAUAGAAGAAGCUCGACCAAGAGUUGGUCGCAAGAAACGAGGUGGAGAUUCUGAUAGUGGUUCAGAUUACAAUCCAUCAGGUGGAGGUUCAGAUUCUGAAGGUGACCGCCGAAAGUCUUCACGUAACUCUGUUCCAACGCGACCAACAAGAGGCGGACGAGGUAGACGAGGACGGGGCAGUGAAAGUGAAGAGGAAUCUGAAGAAGAAUCCGAAGAUUUUAGUGAAGAAGAAGUUGUACCAGCUAAGAAGAAGAAAAAUGUCCCAAACCGUUCAACACCAAAACGUGGAGCUGCACAACGAGGAAGAAAACGUAAACAAGAAACUGAAAGUGAAGAGGAACCUUCAGAAGAGGAUGAAGAAGAGGAAAUGGAAUCAGAUGAUAGUGAAAAACAGAAGAAAACAAAUCGUAAAUCAGCCACUCCCAAAUCGUCGCUUCAGAAAAAAGCCUCCAAAGGUCGACCAAAACGUGCCGCACCAACAGUUUCAAAAAAGAAGCGAAAGGUUGCUUCUAGUGAUGAAGAAGAGCCAGAAGAUAUGGGCGAGUCUGAAGAUGACGAACCACUUAAAAAACCACCCAAAAGAAACACAAGCGAAGAUGGAACACCAACCGAUGAUGAAAUCAAAAAACUGCUCAAAGACAUUCUGGCUGAAGCAAAUCUGGAGGAGAUCACAAUGAAAACAGUUUGCAAGAAAGUCUAUGCACAUUAUCCUAAUCAUGAUUUAUCACAAAGAAAGGAUUUUAUCAAGCAGACAGUCAAAUCGCUUAUCGCGGCAUAAUUUUUAAUUAAGGUUUUAUUUUUUUAUGCUACUUUGAUGAUUUUCUUCUAGGAAAAGAAAACGAGAAAGCUAUCGUAAUAAAAGUCUUAUAGAAAAUAGUUUCUUAUACCAUUACUUACUCUAAGUCAAUGGCGGAUUAUUUUCAUUCUAACAUUUUUUAAUUUUUUCAAUGAAUUCUUAAACUUAAAUAUAUUUAAGUGAAUUGUUAAACUUCAAACAAUAAACUUUUAGUUGAUCACAAGUGUUGAGCCUGCAGUAUCACCAUUCAACACUAAUCGCUGAUACAAAAGAUCGCUAACAUUCUACAACAGAUAAGAAUUCAACACUUGUAUAAUUUUUAUCAGGCUAAUGAUCAUCCCUUGAUAUAAUUUGCAUUCGUCGUUUUAAAUAUCUAUGCAUAUUUUUAAUAGUAAAAGAGGGUUUCAUUGAAUUUUUUAUAAUUUCAUUUUAUAUAAAGUUGGUAUAAAAUAAAUUAUUGUGAUCUUAUAAAUAUUGAGCAGUUGUUCUGAUAUUAUUUCAUGAAAUUUUUUCAAGUUUUAUGAAUAAACGUUUAUAAUUUUCUAAUUUAUAAAUGCUCUCCAUCAAAGAAAAGCUUAAUGAAUUGUCUAAGAAUUAAAAAACAGACAUUUAAAACAAGGAACCAAUCACCCUUAUAAAUUUGAAUUGAUUUUAAGAAUUUGAAUUACUAAAUUGGCAAUAAAAUGUUCUUCUUUCUUUUGAAUGAAACUGAUUACAUUUUAUCUAGGUACCUAAUUCUUUCUUAAUUUUUUUUGCCAUUCAAUCUCAGUGAUAGUGGAUGAUCAUACUGAAUGAUAAGGAUUUGAUGCGAUUGAACAAUUUAUCUUAAAAGAAUAUUUUAGUUGUUAAGAUGCAUGGAAAAAAAGAAACUUUAAAAAUUGGUCAUCAUAUACCUAAAUAAUAAAUCUUUAUUGUAAUUAAAAAUAAAAAAAGAAAGUUAAAAAUAUAAAAAUAAAAGAAAACAUUGAAGAA